AUGGAUAUCGAGCAUUUGGAGGUUGAGAAACGAAAAGGACCGAGUAGACCUGGACCAUAUGAAGCGGUAGUUGCUCCUCAAUGGAAUGGAUUAUGUGGAUCAGAUAUGCAUAUCUACCUCACUGCGCUACUGGGAGAAGAAAAGAUGAAAGAGCCUUUUGUGUUAGGUCACGAAGCCUCUGGGAUUGUGGUGCAAGUGGGGGAGGAAGUGAGAGGGUUGAAAGUUGGUGACCGAGUCGCUCUAGAGCCCGGCGAAGGUUGUGGGAGAUGUGGAGAUUGUAAAAAAGGUGCAUACAACCAUUGCGACUCGAUGAGAUUCGCAGCUGCAGAUGGUCUGGAUGGGACAUUACAGGGACUAUAUAAACUACCGGCUGAUUUAUGUUAUAAAUUACCUGAGAUUUUAUCUUUGGAAGAGGGCGCUUUGACGGAACCAUUAGCAGUAGCUGUCAACGCCAUAAUCAACAUUGCCAAUUUACCUCAUUCCGCAAAUGUAGUAGUGUUCGGUGCGGGUCCAGGGGGAUUAUUGACGAUGUCGGUUGCCAAAGCUCUAGGUGCCCGUCGGGUCAUCGCCAUUGACGUCCAACAGCAGAGAUUGGAUUUCGCCAAGUCAUAUGUAGCAAGUGAUGUAUUCGUAGCUUCCAGAAUGGAGAAAGGAGAAUCGAAAGAAGUAUAUUCACAACGACACGCGAAAGAUAUCAAACGGUCGCUUGGCAUCACCGAUAGAGGUAUACAGUCCAUUGAUGUGGUGAUUGAUUGUUCAGCUGCUGAAGUCUGUAUGCAAACUGGCAUGUGGUUAUUGCGGAGAAAAGGAACUUAUGUCCAGGUCGGAUGUGGUCCUUUAUAUGUCAAUCUACCUAUGAGGAUCAUAGCCGAUAGGGAAUUAACCGUCAAAGGAUGCUUCAGAUAUGGUCCGGGAGUGUACCCCAUGGCCAUUGACCUAGUGUCAAGAGGUUUGAGGGAUCUCAAACCGUUGAUCACACACAAAUAUGAUUGGGAAGACGCAGUGAAAGCAUUCGAAACUACCAAAGCCGGUCAAGGAGAAGAUGGAAAGAUGGCUAUUAAAGUGAUGAUUGGUCCGCCUCCGAAAUUAUGA